AUGUCAAGCCAGAACCCGGCAACUCCCGUCAAGGUGCCCUCGGCGGCCGCCAACUACACGGCCGCCACGCUCGACCCAGACCUCAGAUCCCAGAUCAACUCGUUACUGAUAAAAGAAGGCCAUGUCACAAAGAUCCAAGAUCAUCUCCUUCAUGCCCUCCACGCGCACCCCUCCAACUGGCCCACCACCGUCCAGAACCACGCCCUCUCCCUGCUCCGCUCUGGCGAAGUAUCCUCCUUCCCCGCUCUCCUGCGCCGCGUCAUCGAGGACGUCCGGCAAGACACCGCCCUCUCCCCCAAUGCCAACGGGAGCACUGGCAAGGCCGUCAACGGUGCGUCUGAAGAGAACGGCGGCGGCGCAGGAGGAGUGAACGGAAAGAAGGCCGAAGGAGUGAAUGGUUCAACCAACAACGCCCGGCCAAGCCUAGCCGUGCCGCAGUCUGUGGUCGAAGAAGCGCUUCUGGUGACGCGCGAGUGCCUGGACGCCGUGUGUGAGAUGGAAGAGAGCGGUGCAACAUGA